CAAGGGCGCGCGGCACCCGCGCCCCGCCGGCCCCGCCGCCGCCGCCCCGAGCGCUCCGCACGGCCCGGCUCCGCCGCUGCCGCCGCCGCGCCUCUUCCCGGCGGCGCACCAUGCCGGCCGACCUGAUGGAGAAGAGCAGCGCCUCGCCGGUGGCCGCCACCCCCGCCAGCGUCAAUGCGACGCCCGACAAGCCGAAGACGGCGGCGGAGCACCGCAAGUCCUCCAAGCCUAUCAUGGAGAAGCGGCGGCGGGCGCGCAUCAACGAGAGCCUGGGGCAGCUGAAGACGCUCAUCCUGGACGCGCUGAAGAAGGAUAGCUCCCGGCAUUCCAAGCUGGAGAAGGCCGACAUUCUGGAGAUGACCGUCAAGCACCUGCGGAGCCUCCAGCGAGCCCAGAUGACUGCUGCCCUGAGCACAGACCCCACAGUACUGGGCAAGUACCGAGCUGGCUUCAGCGAGUGCAUGAACGAGGUGACGCGGUUCCUCUCCACCUGCGAGGGCGUCAACACUGAGGUGCGCACCCGGCUCCUGGGCCACCUGGCCAGCUGCAUGACCCAGAUCAACACCAUGAACUACCCUGCGCCCCCCCCGCCGCCCCCGUUGCCACCAGCCGCAGCCUUUGGGCCACCUCUGGUUCCUCCAGGCGGUGGCGUGGGGCCGCUCCCGGGCAUGCCCUGCAAGCCGGGUGCCGAUGCAGCCAAGGUGUACGGUGGCUUCCAGCUGCUGCCGGCCUCUGAUGGGCAGUUUGCCUUCCUCAUCCCCAGCGCUGCCUUUGCUCCUGGUGGAGCUGUGCUGCCUCUGUAUGGUGGCCCGCCCACAGCUGCCACUGCUGCCUCGCCGCCAGGCCCGCCACCCGGCACAGCCGACUCAGUCUGGAGACCCUGGUGAGGGUGGCGGGCACCGGACUGGACUUGGCUCUGCACCCCGUGCUGCUGGCACGGCUGUACAUAGAUUAUAUGUUCAUAUUGGAUUGUGCCUUUGUACCAUAGCACUCCCUUGACAGUGUUUCGUGUUUUACACGAGAUCUUUUUUUCUUCCUUUCCUCCCCUUCCUUAUGUGACACCAAAGAUUGGGGGUUUGUUUUUUGGUUGGGUUUUUUUUUUUUUUUUGAAUGCUCUUAAAAUAAAAGUUUCCCU